AUGGCGCAACAUGACAAGUCGCUCUCGCAGGUCCUGCCUCCUCUCAUUUUGGGGACGGCCACCUUCAACUACCAAUACAACGACGACCCUUCGCAAAUGCCCUACAACGACAUUGUUCGCAAGGCGCUUCAACACCACAUCACCGCCUUUGACACCUCGCCGUAUUAUGGGCCGUCCGAAGUGCUGCUCGGCGAUGCGCUUCGAGCAUUGACACCUCCGCCAGAUCGGGAUGGCUAUUUUCUCAUUACCAAGGCUGGCCGAAUUGCGAGCAACGAAUUCGACUAUUCGCCGCCAUGGAUUCGGUACAGCGUUUGUCGCAGUCUUGAGCGGUUGAGCACGCCCUACCUGGACCUCGUCUAUGCCCACGAUGCGGAAUUCGUGUCUCCGCCGGAGGUCCUGGAGGCCGUCAAGGAGCUGCGACGGUUGCGAGACCAAGGCUUGGUCCGUUACGUAGGAAUCAGCGGUUAUCCUGUCCAAGUUUUGGUGUCGCUAGCCGAGAUGGUCUUGGAACAGACUGGGGAGCCCUUGGAUGCCGUCAUGUCGUACGCGAAUUAUUCUAUUCAAAAUACUCAGCUGGGACGGCCGGAUAUCCUUGAACGAUUCAAGAAGGCUGGCGUCGACUGUAUCCCGAAUGCUAGCAUGCUAGCAAUGGGCUUGAUCACCACCAGAGGAGCUGACGGUGGACCCAUGGCCUCCUGGCACCCGGCGCCGCCAGGCUUACGAGACGCGUGCUUCAGCCUGACGUCGGUUGCAAGCAAGCUGGGAGAGCGUAUCGAAGAGAUUGCCAUUCGAUGGGCCCUGGAAAAUUGGUCCCGUGUUGGUAGCCAAUUCGGCUCGGUCGCUUAUCCGCCCGAGCUCUCAUCAGAGCCAAGGAUGGACGAAAAUGGCUCACCAGCUCCUAUUGGUGUCACUGUGAUGGGCGUUUCCAACGUGGACGAACUGGAGGAGACGUGGGCCCUCUGGAAGAGUGCUGUUGGACUUGCGAGCCCAGGGGAUGAACGUGCGGCGGAGAGGAGAGACAGAAUUAACCGUAUAGUCACGCAGCAGAUGUGGCCAAAGUUGGGAUCGUGGAAAGACUAUUCGUGGCAGAGCGGCGGAGAGGCUUUUACGAACAUGAGACAGGCGAAAGGCGUCGUUCCCAUCGACGCAGUCGCGCAGCGGUGGGGGUUGAUACCCAAGAACUUUUUAGAAAACGCCAAAAUUUAA